CCCACAUAUAAAAGGCUGCAGUAGUGCUGAGCUCAGCUAGUCCAGCCAUCUCUCUCUCUCUCUCUGCCUCUCUUUCUCCUUCGCCACUUUCUGUCUUCCUCUCCAUCCUCCCUGUCCUCUGCUUUCUGUCUCUCUGCUGCUGCCUUUACUACAUUCUCUCUUUCCUUCUGUCUUUAAAUCUUGUCCACAAUUUAUUGUUAAUCUUUUUUUUCUCAAUCCUCCACUGUUUGGCCUGUGCAAGAAGGCCGCCUGGAAGCUCAGUACAUUUCUGCUCUUUUCUUUUUUCUUUUUUUUCAUUAUCAGCCUGUUCACAUUUUUCUAUGAGGCUCUAGCAUCAGUUUUUUUUCUUAAUCAGGGAAAGAAAAUGCCACGUUCCUUUUUGGUGAAGCAGCCGAAGGUUCAUGAUUUCUCGUCUUCCAACUACUACCAGCAGCACCAGCAGCACUGGGACGACUCUUAUACUGUGACACAUGCCAUCACAGAGUCUGCCACCAACUUGGCGGUGCGUUUGAGUGAAAAUGGCUACAUCCAUGAUUACAUCAUCCCCUCGGUGUUGCAGAACACAAAGGAGCCGGGUCAUGAGCAGACCGGGCUCUCCUCUGUGCCCCUGUACUCCCCAGGUGGCAGUGGCGGGGAAGAGUUCUCUGACCAUGACAUGGAGCAUCCAGACAGUCCCAUCUCCAGUGGCACAGUUGAGUCAGACAGUAGUGGCCCUGAAUUGGAGUCAUGUGGCAUAAAUGCUUUCCUCAUCUCUGACGGCCGUUCUCGCCGGAGGCCUAACCAGAGGUGUCCUCACAAGGGAGGAAGCCAAUCGGACAGCAGCGAGGGUGUUGGCUCGGCAGACAGCAGCCCCACCAAGGGGAAAUCCAAAGGGCGCCAUAUGUGCGGCGAGUGUGGAAAGUCUUACGCCACGUCCUCCAAUCUGAGCAGACACAAGCAGACUCACCGCAGCCUGGAUAGCCAGCAGGCAAGGAAGUGCCCCACCUGCCACAAAGUGUACGUGUCCAUGCCAGCACUGGCCAUGCACAUGCUGACCCAUGACCUGAAGCAUGAGUGCACGGUCUGCGGCAAAGCCUUUAGUCGACCCUGGCUCCUGCAGGGCCACAUGAGGUCCCACACUGGGGAGAAACCAUUCGCCUGUGCCCAUUGUGGAAAAGCCUUUGCUGACCGCUCCAACCUGCGCGCACACAUGCAGACGCACUCAGCCUUCAAGCACUACUCCUGUAAACGCUGCCACAAAAGCUUCGCACUCAAGUCCUACCUGAACAAGCACUAUGAGUCGGCCUGUUUCAAAGGGCACCAACCAGAGGAUGACUUCAGCUCUGAGGACUGAUUGGGAAAUAUUCCUCUUCUUCAUUUCUAUUUAUACACUUUUUAAUACAAGAAAAUCUGAGAAAAGCUUGCCACUUCCCAGGCUUGUCUAAUGCAUGCAUCAUAAUCCUGCCUUUUGAUAUAAGCAAUAACCUCACUUGAAAUUAUUCAGGAAUUAUGUAUGAAAUUCAUAAAAAUCUCAGUGUUUAUCACAAAUAUAAAAUAUUUUAUAUUGUUUUUUAUAAAUUGAAUUGCAAUAAUUUACAUGCCAGUAUUAUUUUAUAUGUCAACUAGCUCUUAAUUUACCUCAAACAUAUCUUAUUUGUUAAAAAAUGUAUUUGUGUAAUUAUUAAUUUAUUUAACUAUUUAUUUGCCAAUUCUGAAGAUUAUUUAUUUAUUAUUGGUUGAUGUAUUUUUGAAUUUAACAUAACUUAAUUUGAAGCCAUGUAUUGGAUUUGUUGUAAACAAAAGCCAAAAUAUAUUCUGACACUCUAUAUUUGUCUGUCUGAUCAAUUUGGUGAUGACAAUAAAACAGAUGAAAAUAAAUCAUUACUAAAACUCCAGCCCUCAUGCCUGAAUACAAGAUGAAACACACCUAUAUUUGAACACACUGAACUGAAAUAUUCAACCAGUUGUGUCAGCCUUACUUCUAGCUGUUAUUUUUCUGCACAUAGUGUAAAACCCAAAAUGUCUUCACAAAGGCAGGUUGUUUUCAUGCAUUGUAUACCUACAAAAAGUAAUAAACCAAAAUUAUAGAAAGACUGCAAUCGUGACCAAUGCUAGAGUAAAGACGAUGGUAGCAUAGAGAGCUAAAGUCCCUGUGAGAAGGCAGGCUGAGGUGGUGGAUUGGUCAAACAAACACAGGAUUUUUUUUUUUGUUUUUUUUUUGCAGGUGACUGGUGUCUGUGUUCUGUGUGAGACCAAGUGAACUUUGAGUUACUUUAAGGAAGGUCAUUAUUACCAUGUUUCUUUUCUUAAACUGAACGUGAACCUGUAACUUAACUUUCCCAAACCUACUCUACGUAUGUAACUUUACAUUGAGACAGGUUUCUUUUCACGAUUCUUUUCUAACCCUAACCCAGGGGUCAACAACCUUUACUAUCAAAAGAGCCAUUUUUGGCAAAAAAGAAAAAAAAAAUCUGUCUGGAGCUGCAAAACAUAUUUGAACCUCAUAAUAAAGGUAAAACAGCCUUUUAAGUUGAAUUUAGCAAUUCAUCAGCAUUAUUAAUAGAUCUAAAUUAGCAUUCAAUAAACACUUUAGCACAAGGUGGCCAACAAACAAAGGUAAAAGCAAACAAAUUUGUACACACACUAUUGAAUCUCUGCUAUGGAAUCCAAAGCUAGCCUAGCUAGGAAUAGUCAAGACUACCUUAGCCAUCGCUAGUGAUGUUUUUAGAGGAAAAGGUGCCAGGCCAGACACAGGAU